AUGGAAUAUACAUGCCCUGCUAAGUUACAAAUUUCGAUAAAAUCAUGCCACAGAAGAGCAAGUUCGUUGACUAAAUGCUUAUAUAAGGCUGCUAAACCUAAAAACCUUUAUAGAGAUUAUCAAUUUUGAUUAGACAAUUGGAAUUUAAGCUACUCAUCGGAAAGUCCGCUAAAAACUUCAUACAGUCAAGAGCCAGAUAUUUCAGCCUCAACCAAUAGCUCACUGCCGAACCCUUUAAAUUGGAACAAAAAAUCUUGUUCCAAUUUAUAGGGUAAUUUUUUUUGAUAGAAAUUUUCUAAAUUAAAUAAUAUAAAUUGAGCACAAUCUUUUUGGAUUUAAAUUUAUUUUACGAAUAAUUAAUUCAAAAAAAUUAAUUGAAAACUGUUAAAAUAGCAUUCUGCUUACACUUUUUGUAUUUAAUUAUGUCAAAGCUAAUUUUAAAAAAUUAGUUUUUUUACCGAUAAUUUUUUCCUAUUGAAAAAUAUUUCCAAUUUAAAUGUAAAGUAUAAAAAAUUUAAAUGGGGGAAGUCAAUAAAUCUGAGCAACCCUCAAAUUUCAUUGACAAAUAAUUUUGUCAUGAGGAAAAGAAUAAGGCCAAAAUCAAUUGGCGAGCAAACUGUUUCUUGCAGAUCAGCAUCUAAACCAAAAAUAAUUAAUCCAAAAGCUCAAAACUCAAACCAAAACAUAAUAAUUCUGCCUAAACUAAAAGAAAUCAAAAUAAAAAAUUCAUGACUCACAAGUAAAGAAGAUUUGCCAAAUCUUAACAAUUUAGCGAUAUUGCCUGAAAAAAUCCGAUAUUUAAACAUAAAAGGAUUCAAAGUUCCAAAAACUCAAAGAAAAAUUAAAAAAUAA